AAAGACGUUCGAGCAUACCACAGCUACGACAGGUCCCAACCGAUCCUAAACAACGUGGGCUGUGGAUGUGGCAGCUAGGCACCGGCUGAAUACGUGUCUCCUGCAGUGCACUCAUAAGUGUAGAUGCAGUUGAGUUCUAGACUUUCUUAUUCACAGCUACCCUCAAGUUGAAGUGCCAUGUUUGCCAGACUGGCUUUGGGCUUUCGCCUGCCAUCCACAAUCCGGAGGUCAAAUGUCUACCCAGCCUCCAUCAGAGCAUAUUCCCAGAGUAAAUUCCCACGUCCCCAUGGGCAGUCUUUUGUCCAUCGCAGCGAGUUGAAGCAGGCCAAACGUAUUGUAGUGAAGCUAGGGAGUGCUGUGGUGACACGGGACGAGUGUGGUUUGGCCCUGGGACGCCUGGCCUCAAUAGUGGAGCAGGUGGCCGUGCUUCAGAAUCAAGGCAGGGAGAUGAUGAUUGUCACCAGUGGUGCUGUGGCGUUUGGGAAGCAGAGACUGAGACAUGAGAUCCUGCUGUCUCAGAGCGUCAGACAAGCCUUGCAUUCUGGACAGAACCAACUCAAAGAAAUGACGGUUCCCGUUUUUGAAGCAAGGGCAUGCGCAGCUGCUGGACAGAGCGGUCUGAUGGCAUUGUAUGAAGCUAUGUUCACCCAGUACAGCACCUGCACCGCACAAAUUCUGGUUACCAAUCUGGAUUUCCAUGAUGAGCAGAAGCGUCGGAACCUGAACAGCACACUCCACGAACUGCUGCGAAUGAACAUAGUUCCUAUCAUCAACACCAACGAUGCUGUCGUUCCGCCCCCUGUUCCCAACAGUGACCUGCAGGGGGUAAAUGUAAUAAGCAUCAAAGAUAAUGACAGCUUGGCUGCACGACUGGCUGUUGAAAUGAAAGCCGACCUACUCAUUGCCCUUUCUGAUGUUGAAGGCUUAUACGACAGACCCCCAGGAACAGAUGAUGCCAAGCUCAUUGAUAUAUUCUAUCCUGGAGACCAGCAGUCCAUCACGUACGGCACUAAGUCCAGAGUCGGCAUUGGUGGCAUGGAGGCCAAGGUGAAAGCAGCCCUCUGGGCUCUUCAGGGUGGGACAUCUGUUGUCAUUGCCAAUGGCACACAUCCUAAAGUCACGGGCCAUGUCAUCACAGACAUCGUGGACGGGAAGAAAGUUGGCACCUUCUUCUCUGAAGUGAAACCUGCAGGACCAACUGUGGAGCAGCAGACGGAGAUGGCCCGGCAUGCAGGCAGGACUCUGGCCUCACUGGACCCUGAGCAGAGAGGGGAAAUCAUCUGCUGUCUUGCUGAUAUGCUUACGGAAAAGAAAGAUGAGAUUCUCAGUGCCAACAGGAGGGACAUGGAGUUAGCAACAACAUCAGGUCGUCUCUCCCAGCCAAUGAUCGACCGCCUGAGUCUGUCUACCUCUAAGCUGAACAGCCUUGCCAUCGGCCUCCGUCAGCUUGCGGUGUCCUCACAGGACAGCGUGGGUCGGGUGCUGAGGAGGACCAGGGUGGCCAACAACCUGGAGCUGGAACAGAUCACUGUCCCUAUCGGUGUCCUGCUUGUCAUAUUCGAGUCGCGUCCAGAUUGUCUCCCACAGGUGUCAGCUCUGGCUAUUGCCAGUGGUAAUGCUUUGCUGCUGAAGGGGGGUAAAGAAGCUUCUCACACCAAUAAAAUUCUACACCAACUCACUCAGGAAGCCCUUUCCAUUCAUGGAGUGGCAGACGCCAUUCAGCUGGUGAGCACACGUGAAGAGGUGGAGGAUCUGUGCAGACUGGACAAGUUGAUCGAUCUGAUCAUUCCAAGGGGCUCAUCUGAGCUCGUCCGGAGCAUCCAAAGAGCGGCUAAGGGUAUUCCUGUACUGGGCCACAGCGAGGGAGUCUGUCAUGUGUACAUCGACAAUGAUGCCAGCAUCGACAAAGCUAUAGAGAUUGUCAGAGACUCUAAAUGUGACUACCCUGCAGCCUGCAAUGCCAUGGAGACUCUCCUUAUUCACAGGGACUUACUGCGCAGUCCUAUGUUUGACCAGAUGAUUGACAUGCUGAGAACACAACAUGUGAAGAUCCAUGCCGGUCCCCGGUUUGCAUCCUAUUUAACUUUCAGCCCAUCCGAGGUGAAGUCUCUGAGGACAGAGUAUGGGGACCUGGAGUGCUGCAUUGAGGUGGUAGACAGCAUGCCAGAUGCUGUGGAUCACAUCCACAAAUACGGCAGCUCCCACACGGAUGUCAUUGUUACAGAAAAUGAAGAGACGGCUGAACAGUUUCUGCAGCAGGUGGACAGCGCCUGUGUGUUCUGGAACACCAGCUCUCGCUUUGCGGAUGGCUACCGCUUUGGCCUAGGAGCUGAGGUUGGUAUAAGUACAGCCCGGAUACAUGCCAGAGGUCCAGUAGGUUUGGAAGGGCUUUUGACCACCAAAUGGGUCCUUCGAGGGGAAGGACAAACUGUGGCUGACUUUUCUGAGCAAGGCAGUAUGAAAUACCUUCAUGAGAACAUGCCUGUCCCCCAGGGGAACUUUAUCCCCCGACCAAAGAGCCAUCAACAGGAGUAACUGAUUUCUACGCAGAGUUUAUUUAAAGGUUUAUGUUUGCUAUUAGACAUCCACUUUUAAGCUGUUGCUCCAUCAUCAUCCAAUAUGCUGCUGCAGAAAACUUGUGUGCAGAACAGAGGACACUGGACAACCUGUGCCUAAACUUGUGAAUCAAUUUAUUAGAUCAACUCCCUGAUAUCAUGACUGGUGAGAGGGAAAUGUAUCCUGGUAAAUAGAUAAAAAUGAACGUAUUCCAUUUUGUGUGACAGGUCAAAUCUGGUAAAGACGACACUCUUUCGUCUUUAUGGUCCUUUUUAUGGUGGCAUUAAAAAUAAACCAUUGGCCCGGUUGUGAUUUGUACAUUUGCUAUGUACAAACUUUCCCAUAGCCUUUUUUGUAAUUUACUGGAUGUGUUGUUUGUGCUGAACUUGGUUAUGAUUUUUUUUGCUGUCCUUUGCCUUUGCACAGAUGAUUUAAUAAAAAAUCUGUGCAGUUA